AUGUUACAAAGCGUCUUUUCGGAAUCAAUAUCUGCAGCGGGCAAUGAGGUAUUGAUCUUGAUUCGAGAUCUGGGUAUUUUCGCCUCUGUCGCCUUUACACUAUACGUCGUUUGGUUCAACUUCUUAUACGUCCCACGCCCCUCUACGCCAGGGACAGAUCAAAGUCCCCCAGAAUUACAGCAUUCCGCUUCGAAAACUGCUCAAUCGUUCUUUGAGAAGCAAUUUGACUUUAUCAAUGAUGGGUUCAAGGCGACAUCGUCUUCUAUUUAUCAGCUCACGCUGUUUGGACGCAAAGCCAUCGUUCUUUCCGGAACAGAAGCUCGGCAAGUCUUCACAAAAGAGAAUGACUUGAAUAUCUACGACUCAUUUUCAAUUCUUCUGGGCAGCAACAAUGCUCAGUUCAGCCCCCACCAGGUCAAUGCUAUCAUCAAGCGCAUGGUUCUGAUGCAACGGCCUGAGAACUUACAAUCCAUCAUUCCAUCAAUCCUCUCAAGCUGCAAGCAAGCCAUGGACUCAUGGGCACCCGAGAGCGUUCUCGACCCCUGCGCUUCAAUUCAUAGAGUCACAUUUCAAACUAUCAUGAGCACGGGAUUCUUCGAUAUCUCACAAGACCCAGCAUUGUGCUCUCAUUUUAAAUCACUGGUCGAUGUGGUCGACUCCCCGGCUAACCCAUAUACGACGUGGUGUUCUUGGUUACCCAAUACGUUGAUGCUCCGCAAACUGGUAGCCGCGGCUCGCAUGUACCUCAUUGUCCGAAGGCACAUCCUCAUUCGGAAGAGAGAUGGAGUCCGAAGAAAUGAUGCAAUUCAAAAGAUGAUCGAUGAUGGAGAUAGCAACACCCAAAUAUUCGGAUUCCUCCUAGGGUUAUCACUAGCCGGAGCCCGUGCGACGGGAACAAUAGUCUCGUGGCUGAUCAUGCGACUAUCCACGAAUCCACAAUGGUCCAAAACCAUCCAAAAAGAGAUUCAAACUCUCUUAUCGCAAACAUCUCAAACUUCCCUCUCUUCUAUUCCUCUCCAAGGCUGGGAGACCCAAACCCCCAUGUUAGACCUCUGUAUUCGCGAGACCAUUCGAACAUCGCAACCCUACACAGCGAUACGUCGGAACAAUGGACCCGAUCUCACAAUAGGAGGGCACACAAUCCCAUCCGGAGCGUUGGUGAUGUAUCCCUUCGCGGACACUUCCCUCAACCCCGCAUAUUACCCCGACCCAAGGCGCUGGGAUCCGAGUCGGGAAGUUAAAAAGGAGUUUAUUUGCUGGGGCGCGGGGAAACACGGGUGCAAAGGCCAGAGGCUGGCGAUGCUGAAUAUGAAAUUGGUCGCGGUGUCAAUUUUGACGCGUUUCGAUCCUUCUUCACCUCAUCUCCUUCUUCUCUCGAUCGCAAAUGCGACCUCCAGCUCGGCGCACCAUGGCCGGCUACAAUCUACCAUGGCGGACAACUUCCAACAAAUGCCGUCUUCGCUGGACGAGAAUCAGACAAUGGGAAUGGCGGUGAUCAUUAUCAUCUCAAUCGCACUCUAUAACGCCCUCGAACUCUCCGUGCUCAUUCCGCUGAGCUUCAAGACCUACCGCAGCCUUUACUUCUGGGCUCUUCUGAUCUCAACCACCGUGGGUCUUAUACCAACCAGUUUGGGCACCUCCUUUCAAUACUUCAACAUAGUCCCACUUUGGCUCAGCCUCCUCCUCUCCAAUAUCGGCUUCAUAUGCAUGGUCCCGACACAAUCAGUAGUCCUCUACUCGCGACUUCAUCUCAUAUCGCAGAACUUUCGCCUCCUCCGAAUCAUCAAAUGGAUGAUAAUAAUCGACUCGAUAAUACUACUCAUUCCCACCGUAACGAUGAACUUCGGCUCCGAAUACUUCCCUCGGUCAGCGUGGGUGCAUGGUUUCUCAAUCGUCGAACGAGCACAAAUUACCUGGUUUUCGGUACAGGAGAUCCUUAUAUCGUCAGUGUAUAUCUGGGAGACAGUGCGGAUGAUCAAGAUCAGUCCCGAGGAAGAUAAGAAACGACACAAGAUAUUGUUGGAGUUGAUCGGAAUCAAUAUCAUUGCGAUUUUGAUGGAUCUAUCGUUACUAAUUCUGGAGUUUCUCGGCUAUUAUUUUACGCAAAUCAUCCUCAAGGCUUUGGUUUACAGCAUCAAACUCAAGAUGGAAUUUGCCGUAUUGGGAAUGUUGUUAUCUAUUGUACGCUCGCAUUCUCGGGAGCUGACAAGUGGGGAGAUGUAUUCUUUUCCCUCGGGAUGA